AACUGCGAUUCGCUGUCACUUUCACGGUAGAGUUGAGAGGUGGCGCAAGAUUGUUGCCUACGUUACUUUCUUUAUUCAAAAAAAUCGAAACAAAUAAGCCAAAAUAAAAGGAAAAGCAUCUGGCUCUCUCGCUUACAGAAGUGCAAGGCCGCUCUGUAGACACUGGAAAUAUUUUUAUUGCGUUAUUCUUGUGAAGGCGAUCAAAUAGCCGGAGUGGAGGAUUAGAGAAGGACACAGUGUGACCCGAUCUGAAGCGAGAGAAAACAGUGAGCACAGGAGAGAUGCGGGUGCACUAUCUUCUCGGGUUCUGUACGCUCUUCUUGCUCCAAGUUGAGGGCAGACGCACUGAAAUCAUCACUGCAGCCAGCAACAAUGGAAAUUCCGUAGACAACGACAAAUGGCUAAGCACCGUCUCCCAGUAUGACAAAGAUCGAUACUGGAACAAAUUCCGAGACGAAGUUGAGGAUGAUUACUUCAGAAACUGGAACCCAGGGAAGCCAUUUGAUCAAGCUCUUGAUGCCACUAAGGAUCCUUGCCUGAAAGUGAAGUGCCCGCCACACAAGGUGUGCGUAAGUCAUGACUACCUGACGGCAAUCUGCAUCAGCCACAAGCAGCUGGCACACAGCUUGAAGCCCAGACGAGCAAACCUGGCUGCCCGCAAACACUGGACAGGAGCUACCAGUCUGGCCAAAUGCAAACCUUGCCCUGCGCUUCACUCCACGUCUGUGUGCGGCUCAGAUGGGCACACGUACACAUCUAAGUGCAAAAUGGAAUUCCAGGCUUGUUCUUCUGGGAAGAGCAUCUCUGUCAAGUGUGAUGGACCUUGCCCCUGUCUGCCUGGACAAGAAACGGUCAAGCCAAAGGCCAACAAGAAUGCUUGCACUGACCAGGAUUUGAAGAACUUGGCCUCCAGGCUGAAAGAUUGGUUCGGGGCACUUCAUCAGGAUGCCAAUCGAGAUUUAAAAGCCACUGUCUCCUCGGAUUCCACGCAAGGCCGUUUUGAUACCAGCAUUCUUCCCAUUUGUAAAGACUCCUUGGGCUGGAUGUUUAACAAGCUAGAUAUGAACUACGAUCUUCUGCUGGAUCAGACAGAGCUAAGUGCCAUUUACCUGGACAAAUACGAGCACUGCAUGAAGCCGCUGUUCAACUCCUGUGACUCCUUCAAGGACGGGAAGCUGUCCAACAACGAGUGGUGCUACUGCUUCCAGAAGCCAGAUGGUCUUCCAUGUCAAAAUGAAAUGAAUAGAAUUCAAAACCAGAGCAGACGGAAGGCUCUAGUAGGUGUUUUUGUCCCACGCUGCAACGAGGAGGGUUACUACAAGCCGACGCAGUGCCAUGGCAGCACCGGACAAUGCUGGUGUGUUGAUAAAUACGGCAAUGAGAUCGCAGGCUCCAGGAAGCAAGGGAAUCCGACAUGUGAUGAAGAUCAGGAGACCUCUGGAGAUUUUGGCAGUGGUGGUGCUGUGGUUCUCAUCGACGAUCAAGAAGAUGACCGAGAGCGGGCAGGAAAACAGAAAGAAAAGAAGGCCCGAAUUCGUCCACGAGGCGCCAUUGAGGACGACGAGGAUGAGGAAGAUGAUAAAGAGGACGAGACUGGCUAUGUCUGGUAGUGGCCGGCUGCCGUUUCAGGGACUGUCAUUGACUGCACAGAUCUUAAGCCAUUCCACUCGUAACUUUUUUUCGCAAUGUAAAAUGAGCAAAAAAAAAAAAAAAAGAAAGAAAAAGAAAAAAGAGAACAAAACACAAACACACUCUCCUUUAAACUGUACCAACUCAACAGAACAAAAAUCUUUUUCUCUCCUCUACGCACACUUUCUCACAACUCUAACCGCGCUCUCUAACUCCUUUGUUUGACUGACAGUUUCCCGUGGUGGCCUAAGAGUCCACUGGUGUGAGUUCUUUGUGAGAAAUUCCUGUUUCUCACUUUACUUCUACAGCCAACCGACUGACAGGUGACGCCAGUAUCACAAUACUGCCAGAGUUCAAAAAGGUUACAGCCAAUCGGGUCUUUGACGGCGCAGACGCUACUAAUGAGAGACUUGUGGACACAUCUUCUGUUGUGAACUGACCAAUGGCUUUCUUGCCUCUUUGACAUGUAGGCAUGGCUUUUUCAGUUGCAGGUUUUAUAUGACUAACAUUUUCAGGCCCAAGAACGGAAACCAGGAGGUGAUUAGUGUCGGGUGACUUGGACAAACUGCCGGAGAAAUACGUGAAACUUGAUUAGCACUCGGCCACUUACCAACAUGCUUGUAAGCGAGCACAAUUGUAGGUAGGGGGACAUAAUGGGAGAGCCAUUUACCCUCUGUUGUUAAUAGCCAAAUCAACCGAUGCACCUCGAUUUUAGGUUUCAUUGUAAGUAAUGUACCGGCCCAGGUCCAUAAUACAAUCUACUAAUUCUUUUUCAAGUGGGGUCCUGACACUGAGAUCCGCAAGCAAGUGUAAGAGGAAGAAUGGAGGCGGAACAUUCAAGAUCCCAAUUUACAAUUUCUCACUUAGCAGACAUUUGUAUCUGAACCGACUUACAAAAUUAGGCCCUCUUGGCCAAUAGGUGCACCCAAGGCUAUUAAGAACUCGCUCUCCUUAUGUCACGUGUCUGCUUUGAAAACAUGCCGUAUCGCCAGAGGGGCAGGAUGGGUUGACGGGAUGAGAUCACGGGAUAGUCUGCAGUCAGUUCCUUCAAGUGUGUAAUGAAACAGGCGCAGUAUGCCGAUCACAAUGAGCAUGUACAGUGUUUGCUACCGUGUGCAGUCGUGUGUCUUUUUGGUUCGUCGGACUUUGUAAACAUUUUCUGAAUGCGUCCCCAUGGCCUGAUCGUGCAUUGCGGAGACAUUAGAGGCAGCUCCCUGAAAAUAAAUACAAUUCCACAUUCAUAUUCUCUGGUAAAUACACUUCUUUGACUAAUCCUCUCCCCUUAGGGGAGUUCUAUUUUAACACGUUAGAUCUCAGCCUUUACCAUUUGAUUUCAUUGGCCGAGACGGGUCUAGCUGCAGACCUCUGGUGCGCUGCAAUUUUGGAGUUCUGCCGAACAGCCAAUCAGUUUUCAUGUUUUUGUGACAUGAUUUCCACAGUGAAAAUUCUGAGAAGGGUCUGACUGUGGCUUGCAGCAUUGCAGCAUAGUGUAGCUAACCUGCAACAUGACAUGAUCACUACAAAACAAUGCCUACUUGGUAGUCAUCAUUACCGAUAACUCUCCCACAACCCUAAAUGUAACCCUAUGGUAAAUAUGUUUAAUGAGAAUGAUGAGCGAGGUACACCUUGAAAUGGACGUGAGGAGAAAGGUGAACGUGACCAGAUCAAUCACAUAACAUGGAAUAGCUCCUCAGUGGAGCAGAUCUCUGGAGGCCUGCAACUAGAUGCUGUUCGUUUAAGGAGCUCCAAUGAACAGUCAAUCAGAUUGCAUUUUUAUGUCUCCAUUUUUAAACUCCAGGAAGGGUCUGGCUGUGGCCUGCAGCGCUACACCAUAGUGUCACAAAAUGUGAGACCCUCCCUACAGCAAAACCUGAUCGCUACGAGACAAACCUACUUAAUAGUCGUCAUGACUCCUGAGUGAGAUAACUCUCCCAUAACCCUAAG